AUGCGGUUUGGACAAGCAUCGUCAAUCGUCUUAGGCCUGUUGUCCUUCGUUUCAGGCGCCCCGUUGGAACAGACCGUCGAAAGCAGACAGCUCAUUCCUACUGGUCUUGUCAAUUUAAAUUUCACGCGUCUUAACGCGCACUUUGACCUCUUAACUCUGCUCACCAACACCGCACACGUCGACUUCGAUAUCUCCCCAAUCAUCCCAAAUUUGUCCCUUCUUGUGGGGGUCAGCAUUACGAACAUAACACUCUCUGCAGGUAUCUCUGGAACAGAGUAUAUCUCCUUCACGCAUGACUUUGAUACCCCGCUCGCCGUGCCUCUGACUGGUACUGUCAACUCCGGCACUAUCAGUGGGGUAUCCCUCACGCAAGGUGCUCUCCCGACGCUCCUCAACGCCUUUCCCAGCAAAACCUUGGAUAUUUUCAGUGCUGGUGUCAGCAUGAAGGUGACGAUAAUCACCCAACCACUGGUGUUACCUCUGUUCUUGCCGCUCACCCAGUUCAAUGUCGAUGCCACAUGGAGCUUGAUAUAG